CAAUGGAAAACCUUCCACCAUUGAUGUGCAAAAACCUCAUUAGAAAAAGAACCUCUAGGCGAUCUACAAUGUAUCUUGGUGUGAGAAAAAGGCCAUGGGGAAGAUACGCUGCUGAGAUUAGGAACCCAUAUACCAAAGAGAGACGCUGGCUAGGCACAUUUGACACUGCUGAAGAGGCUGCUAUAGCUUAUGAUCUUUCAUCUAUCAAGAUUUGUGGCAUUAAUGCUCGAACUAAUUUUCACUACCCUUUUGUGUCUCUUCCACCACCUCCUAUGUCGUUGCCUCCUCCACCGCCACCGCCGACCCCGGAGUUGGAUCCAAGUGUUGAAGUUUGUCCAGAGAUGAAUGCUGCUUACGAUGGCGAUGAUGAAUCUCUGGUCAUUGCUUCCAUUUUGCAAAGUUUUUCUAAUACUGGUAACUGUUCAUUUUAGUUUUUGGUUCCAAUGAGGCCUCAAAGGCCUGCCCCUUAUCAAAUAUUUGUAGGACCAAUAAUUCUUUUUUUUUCUUUGCUAUAUUCAGUCGUCGUCACUGUAAGGCUUCUACCAAAAUUUCUACGUAUUUAAUUACUUGUACCAAUAAUUCUACC